AUCACAGAUGAUCUACGAUAUGUAAAUGAUUGUCGUCUAAGUGAAAUCAUUCACUUGAGAGAAGACAUCUCUGGUUCAGCACCAUAACGGGACAAUGAUGGCAAUAUUUUUUGCAACGACGAUCUUGAGUACAGCUUUGCUAAGUCAAACCCAAGAAAAUCCUCAAUCGCUCUCUUUGACCAAAGCAGAUAUCGGAGAUACUGUUUCUCUACAUUGUGCAUCUUUGAAUGGUACAAGUAAAGUGUUAUACUGGUAUAAGCAACCUCUUGGAUAUAUUCCCCAAGUCGUUGCCAGUGCAAUUUAUGGCACUCCAACGAUAUAUCCGCAAUACAAAUUAAGGGUUACACUGGUAAAAGGAAAGUUGACUAUGAGAGAUGUAAAGAAAGAGGACGAGGCAAACUAUUUCUGUCAGCAAGGAAUUGAUGAAAACAAGAAUUGGAACAACGGCACAUUUCUGUCUGUGAAUGAUGGAAAUGAGCAGAAAUUAGACUACCAGACUGUGGUACAACAGCCGGCAUCAGCUCAGCUGGGAGACCCUGUGGCUCUCCAGUGCUCUAUUACCUCCCAGAGGACGGACCACAGUAACCAGUGCCAAGGGGAACCCAGUGUGUACUGGUUCAGAUCUGGACCAUCUCACCCUGCUGCCAUUUACAUGAAUGGAAACACGAGGGGUGAAUGUCAGAAUAGUUCUGGGCCUCCGUCUGCUCCACAGAGCUGUGUCUACACUCUCCCCAAGAACAAUGCAGACUCCUCUGAUGGGACUUACUACUGUGCUCUGGCAGCAUGUGGGGAAGUUGUGUCUGGCAAUGAAUCCAAGCUGGACACUAAAGCACAAAACUCGCUUCCAGUUAACAUGAUGCUUGGAAUACUGUUGGGUUGCUGUCUGGGUGUGAUUAUAAUCCUCAUUCUAACCAGAAAUGAAAUGCAAGUUUGUGAGCAGUGCAAAGGGACACGGAGGGCCGCAGAUGUUGCACAUGACUUAGUGAUUCAGGAACCACAGGACGGGGAAACCGAUUCCUUGAACUACGCAGCGUUGGAGUUCUCUGGCAGGAAAACCAAAGGAGGGAAGAAGAACACUGAAAGGAAUCAGGAGAGUGUGUAUUCUGCUGUGAGAUAUUCUGCUACUGAAGUCUGCCACGGCCAAAUAUAGUUUAUAUUCCUCUAUAUUGUGUUCCUGGUUGUAUGCAGUAGGUUCUCUCUGUAGUCUAUGGACUGAUUCGCUUACGGAACACUUACCCUCCGAUCGAGAGUUGUAUUUGUGCUGAGUUAAGUUCAAGUACACGACCAUCAUUCAAAUGUCAAUUUACAUGACGCAAGUUAACCUUUACAAAAAAAUAAUUGAUUCAUGCUAGUAUCAAUAAUCAUGAGACCAAUCUCUCCAUAGUGACCUUGUUCAUUUUACUUAUAUCAUUUCCCAAAGUUUAUCAUACGUGCUUAAUUGAUAAGUGGCAGACAAGACAGCAUUGAUUGUGUCCGAAUUGUUGGUGUUGUUCCUCUGUAUGCAUUUUAUAAGGAUGAUCAUUAAAAUCAUGAAUUACUAUUGAUGACUUUAAAAAAGUUAAUUAAAGUCAACAUUUUCGCUGUUCACUGACAUAAAAAUCCCCUUUUGGUUUCAGUCAAUGAUGGAAAAUGUAAAUUUCAUGGUUGGUUUCCGGCCCGUCAGCAGCACAUCCUGUUGAUACUUCGAGUCAGGUCUGGUCAGGUUGGUGGUGUGUGUAGAACAGGGACACGGCCAGCCGCAGCCCUCGCUUCUCAGCUUAUCUGCUGCUCGGGGCCUCGCUCUGUUUCAAACCCAGUGGUAAAAGAAAUGGCAAGAGAGGAAGUGACACUAAUAGGGUUUCAUCUUUCCGGGGCUGGUACAGCUAACUGUCACUUCACACGGGUGCUUAUAAAACACUUGAGUUUCUUGAAAGGGCUGUACCUUCAACAUGGAGAACGGAGGGCUAUCUCAACUUCAUUGUUGCUGGGGUGGAUUGGUUACUCAUUGGUUAAUGUUCAAACAAAAUCGACAUUGUAUAUAUUAGGGUUAGGGUUAGAGCACACAAAUACACACCAACACACACACACAAACUCAUUCGUGCAGUUCAUAUUUUUCAAGGUAAAAUUGCAAAACAAAAAGGGAGUAAAAAGCCCCAGGAUCGCUGCAGCCAUGGACAAUUACGAAAAUUCAAUUCAAUUACGAAAUUCAUGAUUGUUACUCAUGAAAACUUUCAGUAGUAUAACUGUAUUUCUACUACAAUCACCGGUAUUAUGGAUAAUACUGUUAUAACAAAUAUUAAAGUCUCAGAUAUAACUGCACUAUUCAGGCAAUAACUAUCACUAUAGUGCCGCCAACUAGUAAUACGCUUGUCACUGUCAUUAGUAAUAAUGGUUAUCAUACUAAUAAGGUUUCGUUUAUCGGUAUAAUUAGGCUAAAUAUACUUCAUCUCUCAUGUUAGUAGUAAUUGUUGCAAUAUCCCUUGAAAAUAUAAAGCAACAAUGAUUUUACUGUACUUGUGGAUUCAAUGUCACAUAAAAAUAAUGAAAAUACAAUUUAUUUUAAUGAUAAUGAAUUAAGGGAAAGCAAAAAAUAUGAUAAAGGGAACGGAUGUUAACUGUGUUGUGUUUAAAUUUAACAUGAACUGCAUCUGACUGAAGUCAGGUGGGUCAUUGGCUCGCUACUUUCAGUGUCUCCAUGUUCCAGCCAAUCACGCUUGAUCUUAGAUCUGUAAAUGAUUGUCGUCUUCAAAGUCAAAUCGUUCACUGAAGAGACUACAUCUCUGGUACAGCACCAUAAGGGGACAAUGAUGGCAAUAUUUUUUGCAAUGACGAUCUUGAGUACAGCUUUGCUAAGUCAAACACAAGAAAAUCCUCAAUCACUCUCUUUGACCAAAGCAGAUAUCGGAGAUACUGUUUCUCUACAUUGUGCAUCUUUGAAUGGUACAAGUAAAGUGUUAUACUGGUAUAAGCAAUCUCUUGGAUAUAU